AUGUCGCGCGAGCUCUACGAAGCCGUGGAUGUGAAUGUGACAAUCACCACCUCGGAUGGCUUGGAGCCUUUGCAGCGCCUGGUGAGGACAAACUGCUCAGUUCCGCUUUGCCUGGGCGGCUUUGAUGAGUGCAUGCACGCGUCGGGAACUUCUGCAGUCACACAGGUGCACACGUGCACCCGGGACGCGCAUAUGCAAUGCCAAAAGUUGUUGACUGCGGGGGAGAAGUUCGUGGCGAUGAUGGCAGAGCCCGAGACCUACAGGAAGCUGUCGAAUAAGUACAUAGCUACGGCUUCGCACCCCACCCCUGGCAUGGAGAAGUACUUCACCUGGCCGGUGAUUGAAGACAUCGCAGCCCACUGCGAUCUGCACUCCGGGCUGCUGGCGAUGGUGGCAGACCAACUUGUGGAAAUGCAGGAGAGGCCACAGAAGGCUCAGGCGAUAGAGAUCUUCAAAAAGCUAAUCUUCAACCCCGACUUCAACGGGAGCAAGCCCCUGAGGGACGAUUCGCUGCUCCUCUUGUUCAAAAACGACCUGCCCACGCACUACAUGAGCUUGCAGGAGUUGGUGCUGUAUUCCCCAGACAUUGCGCAGCUGCAGUUCGCAUUCUGCUCAUCAGUAUCUCCGUGGAACGUGUCCUCCACACUGCUCAGCUCCGUGGUCGACCGGGUGGCCACAACAGCCUUUAGCAACGAAAAGCAGCAGCAGCGGAACUGGCAACUGGUUCUGUCUUCACUGAUCAGGUGUGCGAACCGGGUGAGGAGGAAUAUCGCCAGGCGCACUGUCGGGUGCCUCCGCACGCCCAAAGCGCCCCCGCCGCUAUAUGACUUGGCGCCGGAUGAGACGACCUUCGAGAUCCUGCUACCGUACUGCAACAUCAGUAAGCCACUGGACAGGGAGGGCGGCACACUUCUUCAUCUCGCCGCCCAAAAAGGCUGGCAUCAUGCCCUGGAAGGCAUGCUGAAAGCCAAAGACAGCCCAAAGGUGGAUGCUGUCCGCAACGACAAUAUGGUGAAGGAGCAGCAG